UCGGCUUGCAAACAACAAAUACUACAAUGACAGCCACCUCUACACUUCCCCCCAAAUUCAAUUAUGAGCCCAACGAUAUGGACACGGAAUUCGAUAACUUUUGGAAAAAGGUUAGCUGCUUUGCGGCCCAAAACUUUCCCUUCGAGGAGCGGUGCGAGUUUGUCAAAAAUGCCGUGGACUGCAAUAAGAGUACGAAUGUGGUACCUUACAUGAGACUCCUGGCCUGCGAGCUCAAGUGCAUUAAUCAGUUCGAGCAAUUGGUCUUCAUGAGCAUGUUCGUAAUGCUCUGCUUCCAGAUUUUGGUUGUACUGAUCUACACGAUCAAUAGUUACUAUAGUCCUGCAUUAAAGGCCGUUUCGCGAUUACUGCAUAUGAACGAACACUUGGCGGGAGUCACCCUGAUGGCAUUUGGAAACAGUUCAGCCGACCUUUUCUCAAACCUGGCAAGCGUUAAAAGAGAUGUGCCCGUAUUCGCCAACAGUUUGUCCUCAGCCCUGUUUGUAACUAUGAUUACCGGUGGCUUAAUAUGCUAUAUUUCCCCAUUCAAGAUGAAUGCCUAUGAAACUGUCCGCGACAUUUUAUUUCUUCUUCUCGGAAUAGUAUUGAUGGAUUACUUCACGACUGCAACUAGCAGAGUCCAUAAGGACUUUAAGUUUAUUCUUGUGGCCAUGGUCUAUAUCAUCUACAUAAUUGUAAACGUCACAGAUCUUUACUUCAUGCGGAGGAUGUUAAACUCAACUGCGGAAAAACUCCAAGACCUAUACAGUAAAGAAGAAACGCCAGAAAACACAAAACAGAUUCAAUAUCUAGAAGGAAAGUUCGAAUAUUACUCACAAGAUGGGCAAGUAGAGAUUUAUGAGCGGAACAGUAAAGCAUCGAUAACCAGAAUGCGGUACACCACGAUGCGAAUGGUUCGGAAUUCUCGUGUGAGCGUGAACCGAGGUUUAACCAGAAUUAGAAAGCUCGACAUGACACAGCCGAAGAACAGGGGACUCUUCAGGGAUUUCUUCCUUGUCCUGAGGCCCAUCCAGUGCCAGGCGUGGCAGCGAGCCGACAUUCUUAAGCGGACCCUACUGUUGAUCAGAGCUCCGGCCGUGAUCCUCUGCACCCUCUUCAUUCCGCUGGUGGACUAUGAAAUGGACAAACAUGGUUGGAACAAGCUACUGAACAGCAUUCAUGUCAUAGUAAAUCCUGCCCUAUCCGUAUCGGUCCUCAUGUCUUUCAUAAAUAGUAAAGGAAACACCUUAUGGUAUAUGGAAAUGAAGGAUCAAGCUAUUUAUGGGGCCUAUUCGCUUGUUUUUACAGUGCCAUUCACCAUAUUCAUUCUCAUCCAAUCACGGACAGAUGUGCCACCAUCUUAUCACUGGGUGUUUACGGUAAUGAAUCUGAUUGGCUCAAUGUUCAUAAUCUUUCUCUGCGCCACGGAAAUCGACAAGGUUCUGGAAGUAAUUGGUAACGAGUUGGCCAUAGAUGACGACUUCAUGAGCGCUACGGUAAAGGCUUUUACAUCGAAUUUGGGGAGUCUUUUUGCCAACACCGCUGUGGCCGCUCACGGCUAUCCAAAAAUGGCUUUCGCAUCCGCCAUUGGAGGACCUUUUUUUACUAUCGUUGUGACAGGGAAUACUGUGAUAUACGUUAGAAGUCUAGUAGGUAUGGACGUUACGACUCGUGAUCAUAUGGAAGAAUACGGUCAUUUCGCUUUAGUAUUUCUUAAUAUGGGUCUGAUUACCAUUCUGCUGUGGUCCACAACGUUAGGAUUUUUUGCGCGCCGCUCCAUGGGAUUAUAUUCGAUUGCUUUGUACACUAUAUAUUUAAUAUUCGCCGUCCUAGUUCAUGAGAAACAAAUUCAUUCGUUUGCUGAUGACCCUCAGGUUUCAGCUGCAUUUGGCGAUAUUUAAGUGCUAAAAGC